UAAUAAGGUCGUGUCCUGGAUUCCAAUACCACUAUUGGCUUGAAAUGUUGAUUUUCAAAGUAUUUCACUGAGUGCCCUAUAAAGGGUUAAGGGAUUUACCAUCCUGCCUUCCUCCAAUCCACAGCCAGCUCGGCCAGACUGGCACACCCACCCAGCCAUCAUGUCGGCCUUCCGGGCUUCCUCAGCUCCGCCUCGCCUCGCUUUGGCCGGACAGGGGGAGGAACACUUGGCAGUUCAGAACAAAAGCAGCAAACGAACCGACCGAGUGAAGGGGGAGGAACAAACGACGUCUCUAACACCAGCUUUUAAACCUCCCAACUUCGACAUAUUCGCGUCUUCGGUGAGAAUCAAGCAGCGAUUCCACUCCCACGGCGAAAGGGGAAACUUGUCCGCCUCGGAUCUUUGAAUCCUGACCGCAAUCCGUCGAAGCGGUCGGUUAAAAAAAAAAAAUAAGCCAAGGGUCAGCCAGAUAGAUGGACGGUAUUGUUUCCUCGCCUGGUGCCUCUAACUUCAGCCAUAUAUCCACCGGGAACAGUCCAUAGAGUCGAGUUUGGUCGGAGCGGAACCUCCGGAGGAGGAUUCUGGGGGUAUUUCGGCAAUUUGGGUUUCUGUUGCUGUAUCUUUCCCUGCGAAGAGGCUGCCUCAUCUCUCAGGACUGAGAACUUGGAAGUGAAACAAAGGCCGAUCAGCCAGGAUGGCGGAACAUAUUUUAAUCGCCGACGUGACGUCAUACGCUGGUGUGGCGUCGUACAACGAACGCAAUGGCAGAGACAGACCUCUUGUGGACCCAGACGAGCCUUUUGAAGUCGACGUAAUAGAGAUCGAGAGUGAAGAAAAGGCCCAAAAAAGACGCUCUUCCAAAAAACUGCGGCGCUCUCCCAGCUCAGCGGAAAGCAAUACCAGCGGCGUGGCCAGUUUCACCACCAACCAUAACUCUGUCGUGUGUCUGCCUCUGGUCUCAGAGGGGCUCAAACUGGUAUGGACCCAGUCGGAUCAGACUCGAGAACUAGACUCCAUCGAAGAACUUGUCCAUGCCUUUAACUUAUUUCCUUACCCUUCCUCUAAAGAAGUUAGCACGCUGGCUCGGGUUUGUAUGUUGCCCCUGGACAAAGUAAAAGUGUGGUUCAUGGUGCAGAGGAUUAAAUAUGGCAUUAGCUGGUCUUCAGAAGAAAUUGAGGAAACCAGGAGGAAGUUGGCUGUGCCAGAGGUUUCUGGAUACCCUGAUGAAACAAACAAGGGUAGCUCUAAAAAUAAGAGUAAAAAUUUGGAUGAACUUGUAACUGAGGAUAAGCACAGCGAUAAGGAGGAAUGUGAUAUUAUUGGUUUUCUACCAGAAACAAAAAAGUUGAAAUGUGAGUCCCCUGAUUCUCAUAGAUCUACAGUCCCCUGUUUCACAUCUAGUCUCCCACCGCCUCAGGAUUCUUAUUUCUACCGCUCACCAGCUCACACGCCGCCGACAACAGCUGACGUCUCCCCUGAACCCUCAGAAUCCUCCGGGCAGCAGUAUCGGCACGGGCGCUACAAAAAGUCAAAAGCCCAGCUUGCUGCCCUGCGGAAAAGCUUUCUGAGGGAGAAUUGGCCCGCCGAGCCGGAGCUGAAACGCCUGCAGGAGGAAACGGGUCUGAGCCGCAAUGACAUUCGUAAAUGGUUCAGUGACAGUCGUUAUCAGUUGAGAGUUGGUCGCGGAAGCCUGGCAGCUGCCCAGACCCUUUCCCACCAAGCUUCUGUCGGAGGUAAACAUGAACCAGAAACUCAGCCUCUCUCUCUUACUAAUCCGAAAUCUCGUCAGGUCAACGGGGUGAAAAGCCACGAGGGAAACAGGAACAACGGGAUCAGAAAUUCCCAUUUCUUCCAGACUUUUUUGUCCAACAGCUUAGAAGCGUUUGGGGAAAAACUCCAUGAGAGACAAACGCAUGAAGUUGUUGAAGAGCUUUCUGGAGAUGAAGAUGCUCUCAAAGAGGAGGAACAAGUCGAAGAAGAACCGCUGCAGUUGACCAAGACAAGCAAGACUGAGCCAGAUGUUGUAGAGUUAAAAUCUUCCCCCUGCCCCUCCCCGCCUCACACUCCCCCGCUCACCUCCUCCCUUAAUAAAACCUUUUCACACAGAAACCGCACAUCAAAGAAGUCAUUGCAUUCAGCUAAGGUCAGUCCCUCGCAGACACCCACAUGCUUCUCUGGCGCUUCCACGUCUACAUCCCCUGCGCUCACUCCUGCGGGACGUCCCAGGAAGACGAAGGAGCAGCUGGACGUGUUGAAGCAGCACUUUCUGAAGUGCCAGUGGCCCUCUAGUGAGGAAUACACCGAACUCGUCAAGCUCACAGGUCUACCCAGGGCAGAUGUUAUUCAGUGGUUCGGCGACACGCGCUAUGCGGUCAAAAAUGGCCAACUACGCUGGGUGAAGGGGGUCCGUGAGCAGUUCUUAGCAGAACUCGCUGCUCAGCAAAGCAGCAGCGGUUUGUCGAAUGGAUCUAGAUCCUCCACUCGUGGGGGCAGGCGCAAGCGAAAACUCAACAGAGCAAAUACAGAUUCUCCUGAUAUCCAGCCCUUGGUAUCGUAUUACCUCACAGCAGGCACACUAAACGAAAAAGACCUUGACCUACUAUGCAACAAAUCAAGAAUGAGCUACCAGCAAGUAAGAGACUGGUUUGCGGCCCAGGAGGUGGGUGAGACCGACAAAGAAAUAGUUGUGUCCUAGGACCUUAUGAUGAAACAUCUCUAACACAACAGGUUUGAAUUUUAUUGUGGUUUAUGUUGCUUUAAAUGAGGCAGAUCCAGUCUUCCCAGAACAAACCCAAAGUGAGGUUUGUGUAUUUUUUUUAUAUAUAUAGAUGCAUUGCGUUUCCUGUCUAUCCUAAUAUAUUUAGAUCUGAAUUAUAUUUCUACUGGCUCAGUUUCUGGAAAUAGAGCAGUAACCUGUACACUGGUUUGCUAUAUGUUUUUUUUAGCUCUUUUUCAUUCAAACAUCACUACAAUUGUGUUUUUGUUUUGUUUUUUUGUUGUUUUUUUUGUUCUAAUGUAUUUGUAGCAUUAUAACUUCAGCAAUUAAAUAGCUGUAGAUCCAGAGAAAAAAAAAACUACACUGACAAACCUGUUGACUGAUCAUUGUAACCGUUCCUUUCUGGCCAUUAUGUUUUAAAGAAAAGCACACUGGACUUGCUCCUUGUAAUAAAACAUCUAGCACUUUGGUUUUCCAACCUGCUACCCCUAUGCUAAUGAGGUCAUAAUAUUUCAGUCUCUGCCAAUUACUCUCUCUUAUAUUU